AUGGAUAAAUCUGUCAAAAACAAAAAUUCUCACAAUUGCGAUGUUUGUGGAAAAUGUUUCACAGCGGUAUCAACUCUUAAAGUUCACAUGAGAACACAUACUGGAGAGAAACCUUAUAAAUGUGAUGUUUGUAAUAUGUGUUUUAGCCAGUUAGUAAGCCUAAAUGUUCAUAAGAGAAAACAUACUGGGGAGAAACCUUAUCAAUGUGGAGUAUGUGACAAGAACUUUACUCGUUCAGAUAGCCUUAAUGUUCACAUGAGAAAACAUACUGGAGAAAAGCCUUAUGAAUGUGAUGUUUGUAAAUUAUGUUUUAAAGAGAAUGGUGCACUUAAUGUUCACAAGAGAAUACAUACUGGUGAGAAACCUUUCAAAUGUGAUGUUUGUAAUAGAUGUUUUAAACAGACAAAUGCGCUUAAUAUUCACAUGAGAUCACACACUGGAGAUAAACCAUAUAAAUGUGAUGUUUGUGAAAAGCGUUUUACUGGGCAAGGCUCACUUAAUAUCCACAAGAAAAUACACACUGGAGAGAAAGCUUAUCAAUGUGGAGUUUGUGGAAUGUGUUUUAUAAUUGCAAGUACUCUAAAUAUUCAUAUGAGAACACAUACUGGAGAGAAACCUUACAUAUGUGAUGUUUGUAAAAAGUGUUUUACAAGAGCACGUUCUCUAAAUCAGCACAUGAAAAUACAUACUGAAGAUAAACCUUACCAAUGUGAUGUUUGUAAAAUGUAUUUUGCCAAGGCAUUUAGACUGGCUUUACAUUUAAAAGGACAUGAUGCAUUUCAAACCAAACUUGAAACGAUAAAACAACUAAGGGAGAAACCUGAGUGA